AUGGGUGAUCAGGAAGCACUACCUGUUAUUAUCAAUAUACGAAAACCAAGAAAGUGCUAUCAACCUCACAGUGUUACAACAAAAAAGCCUAUGAAAACAAAAUGUAAAGAGAAAAUACAUAGUUUACCUGCUAUUGCUGUCAUGAAUCCUGUGCCAGUAGUCACACUUACAAAAGAAGAAGUUCUGCUACCAUAUCUGAGGUACUCGAAAAAGCAAGAACAGGAUAGAUUCAAAAAGAAGUUGGGAAUAGGUAUUCAUGAACAGCAUAAGCUUGCCUAUACAGAUGUUCAGACACGGAUGGAUAUUGACGACUUCAUAGAUGAUUGCCGUGGAAUAACCGAUAUUGACCCGACAUUUUUUACGUGCGUGAAAUGUAGUCUGUAUACAAGGUAUGUUGCCCCAUAUAAAUCGCUGAAAUAUUUAUUUAACAGCCAACUAAGGUGGAGACAGGAAGUUGGUUACAGACAUGAUUGCAUGUUAAAUAUCGAUAUUAAUCAUCAAAAAGAAGAAGAAAUUUAUGACAUUACUUGUCAAGAAUAUAAGAAACAACUAAAGUACCUUGAUAAUUUUAUUUCUCAUGACUAUAAAAAAUCUAUGAUGUUUUUAAGUAAGUCUGAGGAAAUAAAAAUGGCAGUCACUAAAAAGGCAUUUGAGUUGCAAUGUUUGGCAGCGGUAAAGUUUACUAUGACCUCCAAAAUCCUGGGACUUGACUACAGGUAUGGCCUUCAACAAAAAUAUGGAAGAUUCUUAUAUUACUUAUCUCCUCCUAGUUGGCGCUUGAAAAAUAGAAACUUUGCACGAUCUGUAGAGAUUGAGGCAAAGGGGUUCGAUUUUGGAAUUUCUAGUGAGGAAGAUACAUUCAAUGUUAUCUUUGAAAACCUUAAAAGAGAAUGUGAUAACGGUUUAGUACAGCCAGUAUUAUACUUUAAACAUCCAAAGGAUUUAUUAGAAAUAUUUGAUGGCAUUGAACAGCAACAGUUACAUCAUUUCACUCACGUGGUUAGACUGGCUCCACACACUGUUUUUUUAAAGAGAGGAAUUAAGCUUUUCAAAGAUAUAAUCACUCAAGAUACCGCUGGUGUGGUUAAUGUCAUUAAACAUUUUGAGAAACUGUUACUAUUUUGCGAAGAAAAAUCUUCACAACUUGAGAAAAAGUUCUUUAAAAUCUUAAAUGGAUUAUUUUAUGAUAGUGUAGGUGCACCAGAAGUUUUAAAACUUCAAAUGCAUUUAGAAUUCUGUUACGCAAAGGUCCACAAGGAAAAGCCCAUGAAUUUAGGUAUAUUAGGGACAGCAAAAGCUUUAGAAGAAUGUUACAUGGAUUACUCGAAACGAAUGGAAUCAGUGACAGCUGAAAAUAUUAAAAUCGCGCUUAAGCAGUUUAUUGAAUCAGAGCGACGUAAAUUUAAGAGAUCUAAAGUAGCUGCAAGAGAACUAUGUCUCUUCGAACGGCUAGAGCGAGCUUUACUUUGUGCUUACGCCCCAAUGGCGACUAAAGACAGUCCAAUCGUUUACCAAGCAAAGGUAAAGAGACGUUUGCAAAAAAAGACACCAAGACCUAAAACAACUAUUACUGAAAAUACACAAAUCCUAACAGAAUCAGAAAUAGAGUACUUGUUACUAUUUACUGAUUGGACUGAAAAAGAAGAUCCUGCACUUUUUUUACAGAGCUUAAGCAUGGUAGACAAGAAUUAG